AAGCUGGGUAUUUCUAUGGAAGAAUACCAGGAAAGACUCACAAGUUAUGGUCCCCAGGCCUCCUAUCUGGAAGAAACCUUAGAAGGUGGGGCCAGGUUAGAGAGGCCACAGAAUAAUGAGGAAAAACCUUUUGAAUGUAAUGAUUGUGGGAAGACCUUUCGCCUGAGCACAGCUCUUGCUAUGCAUCAGAGAGUUCAUACUGGAGAGAAACCUUAUGAAUGUAAUGAGUGUGGGAAAGCCUUCAGGCAGAGGGCACAUCUUACUCAACAUCAGAAAAUUCAUUCUGGAGAAAAACCUCAUGAAUGUCAAGAAUGUGGGAAGGCAUUUCGCCUAAGUGCUGCUCUUGCUAUGCAUCAGAGAGUUCAUACUGGAGAGAAGCCUUAUGAAUGUACAGAAUGUGGGAAGGCCUUCAGGCAGAGGGCACAUCUUACUCAACAUCAGAAAAUUCAUACGGGAGAGAAACCUCAUCAGUGUAAAGAAUGUGGGAAGGCCUUUCGCCUGAGCACAGCUCUUACUAUGCAUCAGAGAGUUCAUACUGGAGAGAAACCUUAUCAAUGUAAGGAAUGUGGGAAGGCCUUUCCCUUCAGCACAGCUCUUAUUAUGCACCAGAGAGUUCAUACUGGAGAGAAACCAUAUCAUUGUAAUGAAUGUGGGAAGGAUUUCCGCAUGAGUACAGCUCUUACUAUGCACUUGAGAAUUCAUACCGGAGAGAAGCCAUAUGAAUGUGAUGAAUGUGGGAAAGCCUUUUCCAGGAGCACAGACCUUACUCACCAUCGGAGAGUUCAUACAGGAGAGAAACCUUACCAAUGUGAUGAAUGUGGGAAGUCCUUCAGGUGGUGGACACAUCUCACUCGACAUCAGAGACUUCAUACUGGAGAAAAGCCUUAUCAAUGUGAAGAAUGUGGGAAGGCUUUCAGCCGCAGGACACAUCUUACUCGGCAUCAGAAAGUUCAUAGUGGGUAGAAAUCUUAGGAAUAUGAGGCUUUCUGCCAGAGUACGCACCUGACUAAACAUUAGAGUUUAUUCUGGAGACAAACCUUAUAAUGAAUCUGGGAGGCCAUUAACAGGACCACAUACCUCACUCAAUGACAGAAAAUUCAUACUGGAGACAAAUGAAUUUUUCAUAUGUGAGAAGAUCUGCUAGAGCACAGCUCUUAGUCAAUAUCAGAGAGUUCAUACUGGAGAGAUGCCUUACUAAUGUGAUGAACUUGGGAAGGCUUCCACCAGACUUCAUCUCUUACUCUUCAUUGAAGAUUGUGUUAGAAAUCUUAUCAGUAUAAAGGAGCUGCAGAGGCUUUCUGUCAAAGCUUGACUCUGACUAGGCAUCAGAGCUCAUACUCAAGAAAUAACCUUCUGAAUGUGGGAAUGCCUUCUGUCAAAAUAAGACAUUUAUUUGACCUCAGAUGAUUCAUACUAGAUAGAGACUUUAUGCAGGAAGGUCCUGCCAGAACACUGCUCUGAAUUUAAUAAUUCAUUUAAUAACAGAAGUGGUGAUGAAAAAGGCCUGGGUGACUUCCUAAAGAAGAGAUCAUGAGAGAUUAAUAUUUUUUGGAUAGGUGUACUACAAAGUCAUCCUUCAAAUGAUGCAGGAUAUGAUGUAUUGAGAUUCUAAUUAAGUGUUUGACAGAGUUUCUCAUGUUCUUGUGCAAAAAAUGGAGAGCUCUGGACUAGAUGAUGGUGCUGUUAGAUGGAUUCAGGACUAGUUGGAUGACCAGAGCCCAAAUAGAGCCAUUGUUAGGUCAGUAGCAGCCUGGAGGGAGCUCUAGUGCUGUGCUCCAGGGAUUUAUCCUUGGCUUUGUGCUGUUUAACCAUUUCCUCACUGACUUGGCUGACAGCAUAAGAUGGCAUGCUUGUUGCAUCUGUGGGAGUUGCAAAACUAGGACAGAUAGUUAAUACGGUUUGUGGCAGGGUCAAAUCUAAAAAGUUCUUCACGGGCUAGAAUGAAGGACGAAAUAUCUUCCAUUAAGGAAUCAAUGUUUGCUCCACAGGGUUGGGAUACUGCAGCCACUUACUUCACUAAGGGCCCCGUUUACUCUGGACUCACUUAUUUCAUCUGUACAGGAUUCAGUUUUGAAAGAGUUUGUCCUCUGGGUGGAAUCUGUACUCCCUUUUCUCAUGUUCUUAAGUCCCAACCCUGGCACCCUAGGGACAGAUUACUUAAAAGUUACAUUUUAUGUUGAUGUUUAGGUCUUCCGGAAAUAAAGAAAUAAUAGUCCCAGUUUACUUUGCCCUUGAACCUUGUGGAAUAUUGUGUUCAGUUCAGGGUACCACAGUUUAAGAAGGAUAUUAUAAAGUAGUGUCAAGAGGGAGGGUAUUCAGGCUGGUGAAGGUAUUUUUGUCCAUGUCGUGGGAGAAUCAAUUGAAGGAAUUAGGUAUGUGUAGCUUGGAGAAGACUGAGGAGUCAGAUAUCAUAGCUUUCUUAAAGCAUAUGAAGGGCUCGUGUGCUGGAGGGAUUAUACUUUUUCUGAUUGGCCCCAGAGGCCAGAAUGUACAGGUUGCAGAGUAGUCAGUUUAGGCUUGAUAUCAGGAAAAUUUUCAAGGCAAGUAGAGGUCUCUGAAUGGUGCACCUUGAGAGUGGCAUUUCUCCCCAUCUUGGAGGGUGGAUGGCCAGUGGAGGAUGGACAGAUAGCUACUUGUUAGGUCAUUGAAAUGCGAAUUCCUUCCAUGCCUGCUGAGAUUUCUUCCAACAUUCAAAAAAUUCUUUGAAAGAAACAGAAAAAGAAAAAGAAAAAGAAACAUUCUGAGCAAUGAAUGAAGUCUCUCAGAGCCCAGCUCUUACUCUACAUCAGAGACUUCAUACUGGACAGAAAUCAAUAUAGUGAAUGUGGAAAGACCUGAAGAGGGACAAGGCAUUCAACAUCUGAGUUAAUACUAGAGAUACCUUGUGAAUGAAAUACAGGUGGAAGGUUUUCCAUAAAGUAGUAAAACUUAGUAAAUCAGAAAAUGUAUACUAGAGAAAAACUUCAUGAAUGUAGGAAUGCUUUUUAAUGAAAUAUUCGUUGUUAUGAUAGAAUUCAUUUGGGAGACAAACUCACAAAUAUAAUCAGGGUGAGAAUAUCUCCUGCCAGAAGACAGGGUUUUUCCCACAUUAGACAAUGCUGGAGAACCCUUGUAAAUGCAGUUUUAGAAAGACUGUGAACAUAAGAAUUUUGUUCUAGUAAGCACUUAAACUAAAAUAUUUCAAACUAAAAUGAAACCUAAAAAUAAAUACCUAGUUUCCCAUAGUGGUUGUUGAAAACCUUUCCCUGUUCAGGUUCCUAAGAAUUUCCCUCAACUAGUUCCAAUGUUUAUGUUAGAGGACUUGGUAUUCUCCAAGGGAAAUUGGGGCAAUCUCCUAGGUGCUCAUUCCCCUAGUUUUGUUCUCAGAGUUGUCCAUCAUCUGCUCUCUUCCAUUUUAGUCACAGAGGGAGAGGUGGUGAGAUUCAAGAGUUGGUGCUAGAAAGAACCUCAGAAGAUCCUCCCACAACCCCCUCAUUUUACAAAUGAAACUGGUUUAGAGAAGUAGAAGUCACUUGCCCAGUGUCACACAGUAAGUGGCUGAGAUGCUUCAGCCCCAUAUGCUCUGACUGGAGAGCCUUUCCAUGGCAACACUACAUAAUCUUGGCUAAGGUGAAAGUCUCUGCUUCUGCCCUUGAAUCUAUCCCUUCCACUCCAACAAUCAUUUCCCCUCGUGUGUCUUCAUACUUUCUCCACUGGCUCCUUACCAGCUGCUUACAGAUAUAUCCCCAGUUCAUCUUUUCUUGAUAAUGUUGUAGUUAAGCCCUGAUAACCAGCAGGUGGUUGAAUGGGAAGGCACAGUCAAGUAAUUCAACCUUACCCCACCUACGACCUGCCAGCACAGGGGUGCUUGGGGGAGUGGGGAGGAAGUAGUUUCUAUUGCCAAGUGGAACACACCACUCGAUUUUAUGAUGUCCCUAAGGAAUCCUGUAGAGUGGCUUGGAGGAGACAACCUCAUUUAAUGGGGUGUAAUCCCCCAUUUCCUAACUGUACUACUCAGGGCUGCCAAUAUGAGGUUGUAUCAUGCUUGGGGUUGCAGUGGGUUACAGCUUUGGGAGAGUAGGUAACUAGAAGGAUAUUAUAUAGUUUGACAAGGGCUUCUAGAGUUUUUCCUUUGGAUUGUUUUUGCCUUUUUUUUUCUUGCUACCUAAUGAGGAAAUAGCCUAUCCGCUCUGCUUGUGAAUAGGGCAGGUGCCCCUGGACAUGCCCUUGUUCUGCAACUUCUACCCUUUCUCUGAAUUGAGUAGCAAAAUGGAAGCAUUUCUCAUUUUUUCCUCUUUCGGUCCAGUCCUUUGUCUUGUCUUUGAGUCAAGGACCAGAAGCUUGCCCUUGUUUUCAUGUCAUCAUAAGCAUUAAGUGUUUAUUAGGUACCAGGCAUUUGUUCACAUUUGCUCUUUUUCAGAUGGGAAAUGAAUGUUGGAUAAAUAUCCCUCUCUCUAGACCAAUAGGUUGUAUUUAUUUUGUGGGGUUCAGUCUUGCAAAUGUGAUAUGAACAAAUCUUAAUGAUCCCAGAAGUCUUUGUACUCCAGCAGAUUGGGGGGUAUAGUAGUUAACAGCUAGUAGACAUUGGGUUGGUAAUGUUCCCCACUACUUUAAAAAACAUCAGUUACUUCUCAUGACUGUUCACCCUUUCUCCUGCCAUCCCUUUUCUCUUUUUCUACCCAAUACCUCCAAAACUCUACUGAAUGUCUUCAUGUCCAUGUUCUCCAUUCCUUGGAAUCCGAUUUCUGCCCCAACCAUUCUACUAAAACUGCUCCAGUGGCAUAGUCAUUGAAUAUGAUAGCAUUUUUCCCCCUCCUCAUCCUUAUCCUCUGUGAAGUAGUUGACAUUUUACUUAUCUUGAUCUCAAAGGUACUGUGCUUGCUUCUACGUCUUUACCAGCUUCUGUCCCCUUGGCUUUUUCCUGACUGUUGAAGGUAGAUGAGGCAGUUGCUGCAGUGGAUAGUGUGCUGGGCCAGGACUAAAGAAGUCCAGAAGUCAAACCCGGCUCUGGACGCUUGGGAGCUGUGUGACCCUGGGCAAAUCAUUUGACCUCUCGGCU